AUGGAUUCCGAGCAUAAAGGCUUUCAGCAUCGGGGGACUUCCUACGCCGAAGCCGAAAUGAAAAAGCAUGCGGACCAUGGGUUUUACGAGACGAAGGAAGUAAACGCCGUAGCGUCUACUGCCGGGGAUGUUGCGAUUGGCGAGAACACCGUCCACCGGGCUCUCGAGCAGCGUCAUAUUAGCAUGAUCGCAAUUGGUGGAACUAUUGGAACCGGACUGUUCUUGGGUAUGGGAGAGGCUCUUAACAAAGGUGGUCCUGUUGGCCUGGUGUUUGGUUACUUGGUGAUGGGAUUGGUUGUCUACGCUAUGACCAUAGCUUUGGGAGAGAUGGUGACAAUGUUCCCGGUCUCUGGGUCAUUUACUCACUACCCAUGUCGCUUCGUGGACCCAGCACUGGGCUUUGCUGUUGGCUGGAAUUACUGGUAUUCCAUGACCAUCGCCGUGCCGAGUGAGGUUAUUGCAGCGGCUAUCGUGGUUGAAUAUUGGAAAGCUCCCGUGAAUAAGGCACUUUGGGUGACAUUGUUCAUUGUGCUUGGAUGCGCCAUCAACUUCCUCGGGGUGAGAUGGUACGGAGAGACAGAAUUCGCGUUCGCCGCGGUAAAAGUGGUAGCUGUAGUUGUCCUGAUCAUUGUGGGAAUAGUUAUUGAUUUAGGCGGAACACCCACUCACGACAGAAUUGGACUUCGUAAUUUCAUGAAUCCCGGACCAUUUAACCAACUACAUGGAAUACCAGGUGCUACCGGCAGGUUCCUAGCUUUUUGGACUGUAUUUAUCCAAGCAAGUUACUCUUACAUGGGCACCGAAAUGGUUGCAAUCACAGCUGGUGAAGCCGCGAACCCUCGUAAAACUGUGCCCAAAGCAAUUGAGAGAGUAUUUUACCGAAUCUUGGUCUUCUAUCUGGGAAGCACACUUGUAGUCGGUCUCUUGGUCCCAUCUUCAUCCCCGGAGCUUUUGGGCGGCACUGGUGAUGCUAGCUCUUCGCCCUUCGUAAUUGCAAUCAAAAGUGCUGGAAUCACGGUGCUUCCUGACAUGAUCAACGUGGUCAUUCUGUUAUCGGCGAUUUCGGCCGCAAGCUCCAAACUUUACGGUGGCAGUCGAGUGUUGUUCGGCCUUUCCAAAGAUGGAAUGGCUCCUCGAAUCUUCUCCAAGUGCAAUGAUUCUGGACUGCCCAUGUGGGCGUUAUUGGCAACAUGUAGCGCGGCUGGUCUCUCCUAUAUGUGCCUAAACAACAAAGCUAGUCUUGCCUUCCAAUGGUUUCAGAACCUAUCAGCCAUGACUGGUCUCUUGACGUGGUGGGCAGUCUUAGUUUCCUACCUCUUUUUUUAUCACGGGAUGAAGGUCCAGGGUUACAGUCGAGAUACAUUGCAUUAUAAAGCACCAUUUCAACCAUAUGCUUCGUGGAUCGGGGUGACUAUGCUCACUCUGAUUAUGUUAAUGAGCGGCUUCGAGACCUUUUUGAAAGGUGGCUGGUCCACUUCAGAUUUUAUAGCAGCUUAUUUAACCCUUCCAAUUUUCUUGGGUUUUUACCUAUACUGGAAAAUUACCAAGCGGACCAAAUUUGUCAGUCCCAAACACAUGGACUUUGUCACUGGAACGCGCGAGUUAGACGAAAUGGAUGCACUGGAGAGAGAAAAAGCGGUUGCACCCACUACAAAGUGGGGCAAAUUCAUUGACUGGGUGGGUUUAUCUUUUUUUUUUUUUUUUUUCACCGGGCAAAGCUCCCUCCUUUUUCCCAAUUGA